CUGCUGCCACGAUAUCACUGGAAGAUAACAAUAUGCAUAUAUAUACAAAAUGUAAUAAAUCUGCAGCGCUAAAGCAAUAAUCCGAUGGUGACAUCCAAUUCCCCACUAAGGAAAGACCAUCAAGUCCUUUCAAUAUACAGAAGUUCUAAAGUGCUGAAGAAAUGUGGUCACUAGACAGAAUGCUUCAUUGGAAAGAUGGCCCCAUGGACCCCCACACAAGGAAGCCCAAGUGGGGAAGACGUCUCUGAUUAUGGCUCUGGUGGGAGAAGAAUUCCCUGACGAGGUUCCAGCUCGAGCGGAGGAAAUCACCAUACCAGCUGAUGUGACCCCAGAAAAAGUGCCAACACACAUUGUGGAUUUUUCAGAAGUGGAACAGACUGAAGAUGAGCUCAGGGAAGAGAUUACAAAGGCGAACGUUGUGUGCGUGGUUUAUGAUGUCACAGAUUUACAUACCAUAGAGAUGAUUGCGUCAAAGUGGAUUCCUAUGGUCAAUGGCAGGGCAGAGCGCAACUUUCGACUUCCCAUAAUCCUUGUGGGGAACAAAUCAGACCUGCAAUGUGGCAGUUCCAUGGAGUCCAUUCUGCCCAUCAUGAACCAGUUCUCGGAGAUCGAGACAUGUGUAGAGUGUUCAGCUAAAAACCUCAAGAACAUCUCCGAAGUCUUCUACUAUGCCCAGAAAGCAGUACUACACCCCACCGCACCUUUAUAUGACCCAGAGGAGAAGCAGCUGAGACCGCAGUGCAGGAAAGCCUUGACUCGAAUUUUUACUGUCUCAGAUCAGGACAACAACCAGAUCCUGAGCGAUGAUGAGCUCAACUAUUUCCAGCAGUCCUGCUUUGGAAACCCGCUGGCACCUCAAGCCUUAGAAGAUGUGAAGAUGGUUGUAAAAAAGAACACAGCAGACGGCGUACGGGACAACGGACUGACGCUAAAUGGUUUCCUCUUCCUCAACACCCUGUUCAUCCAGCGGGGACGCCACGAGACCACGUGGACCAUACUGCGACGUUUUGGAUACGACGAUUCACUGGAACUUACCGACGACUACCUCUACCCUCUACUGCGCAUCCCGCACGACUCCUCCACAGAGCUCAACCACUUCGGCUACCAAUUCCUGCAGAAGACAUUUGAGAAGCAUGACUUGGAUGGCGAUGGCGCUCUAAAUCCCUCUGAGUUGCAAAGUUUCUUCAGUGUUUUCCCUUACACAGCCUGGGGCCCUCAGCUGCCGAGCACGGUGUGUGUGGCAGAGAACGGCUUGCUGCCUCUGCAUGGAUACCUGUGCCAGUGGACGCUUGUGGCUUACCUGGAUGUACACCGGUGCCUGGAACACCUGGGGUAUUUAGGGUACCCCAUUUUGUGUGAACAGGACAGCCAGACUCACGCUAUCACAGUGACCCGCGAGAAGAGGAUAGACCUGGAAAAGGGACAGACCCAGAGAAGCGUUUUCUUGUGUAAGGUCAUUGGCCCUCGAGGGACAGGGAAGUCGGCCUUCCUGCGGUCCUUCCUUGGCCAGAGCCUUGAGGAGCAGCAGAGGAACCGUGGGGAGGCCUCCUUCUACUCCAUCAACACAGUGCUGGUUGGGGGGCAGGAAAAGUAUCUUAUACUAUUUGAGGUGGAUGUGGACACGGAUUUCCUGAAGCAGUCAGAUGCUGCCUGUGAUGUGGCCUGUUUAAUGUAUGAUGUCAGUGACCCCAAAUCCUUCAACUACUGUGCCAGUAUAUACAAGCAACACUACAUGGAGAGUCAGACGCCUUGCAUGUUUGUGGGGUGCAAAUGGGACCUAGGCGAGGUAAAGCAACAGCAUGGGAUCUCACCCUCAGAGUUCUGUCACAAGCAUCGCCUGCCGCCUCCCUACCACUUCAGCUGCCAGGGAACCAUGGACAAAACCAUCUACAGCAAGAUAGCUGCAGCUGCCGCCUUCCCCCACCUCCAUGACACCGACCUCAGCACAGCAUCGUUCUGGUUGCGUGUGGCGCUGGGAGCCACAGUCGCCGCCGUCGUGGGAUUCACGCUCUACAAAGCACUUCUACGCAGCAAAUAGCCAGCGAUACCUCUUCCUUCUCCAACACGAACCAGCCUGAAGACUUUUAACUCCCUCGAGUGCUAAUCACUGUGACUGACGGGGAGCGUCUGCUUUUUAUAUCAGAAAAACGCCUACGUUUGGAGGGGCGGAGCCUCCUAUUAAAAGGGGCAGCCCCCUUCUCACAGGUCACCCAGAUCUGAUCAUCCUUUCUUAACCUUUUGCUUCCUCUUGUGACACAGAGGAACUUAGAACAAAGUUAAACAGGCCCAACUUCUUACGUUUUUUUUUUUUUUAACUGUGCUUUUCUAGUCUAUUAAAGGACAACUCCACCCAGAGGUGAUGCUUUAGUUCUAAUUGAUUGCCAGCAGGGGGAAACCAACGCCAA